GCUCUUGAACGCGUUUUUGCUUUUCCACCAUGGACGGACGUGUAUUCUGGAAUCGGACCUCUCAAAUUCUUCUCAAUGAAUCUUGGGACAAUGAGUGCAAUGACCAUGAUCUUUUUUAUUAUAAUUUUGUCCGUCUAACAGAGACCACUAUUUUGCCUUCUCUCAUUGGAAUCCUCUGUUCAACGGGGCUUGUAGGAAACAUUCUGGUCUUGGUGACUAUCCUAAGGACCACAAAGAAGACCGUUCCAGACGUAUACAUCUGUAACCUGGCCGUGGCUGAUGUGGUCCACGUGACGGUCAUGCCCUUCCUGAUCCACCAGUGGGCCCGGGGGGGGCAUUGGGUGUUUGGCAGCACCCUCUGCACCAUCAUCACCUCCCUGGACAACUGCAAUCAGGUGGCCUGUGCAGCCGUCAUGACCGCUGUCAGCCUGGACAGGUACCUGGCGGUGGUGCACCCGUUCCGUCUGAUGACCCUCCGCACCCGCUCUAAGACAAUCUGGAUCAACCUGUUUGUGUGGGUGGUGUCAUUUGUCAUGGUCCUUCCCGCCUGGGUCCACUCCAAGGUGAUUCGCUUCCCUGACGGACUGGAGAGCUGCUCCAUGAACCUGGUCACUCCCAAAGAGGUGCUCUGGUACACCCUAUAUCAGACCAUCACAUCUUUCUUUCUGCCCCUGCCCCUUAUCAUCACCUGUUACAUGCUGAUCCUGUGCUAUACCUGGAGGAUGUACCUGAAGAACAAAAGGGAACGGCGUGCUAACAACCAGUCCCGGGAGCGAGCCAUCCGCCUCACCAAGAUGGUUCUGGUCCUUGUGACGGUUUUCCUGGUGAGCGUAGGGCCCUACCACAUGCUCCAGCUGGUCAACUUAACGCUGCGGCGGCCCACGCUUGCCUACUACACCUGCUACUACCUGUCAGUGUGCCUCAGUUACGCCGCCAGCAGCAUUAACCCUUUCAUCUACAUCCUGCUCAGCGGACACUUCCGUCGCCGGCUCACUUACCGCAAGCCGCCCAGCAGGCCUGUUGUUGAGAGGGAGCCUAACGGGCCCCAGGUCCGUACACCACACUCCAGCUUCUGACAGUCUUGUCUCAAAGCAGGCACAAACACACACACACACACACCACCACCACUACAGCCUGUCGCCAACACACUGCGUGGGGCAUUACCUACGGCAGGAGCAUUACCUUUUGAUCAAGGAUUGCUUUAUUUGACAUUGUGGAUUGACUUACACCUCAACAGGAUCAGAGUGUUGUUAUUUAUUUUCUGUUAUGGUUUUCAAAAGGACUGUACGAUAGCAUUGGGAUAUUGCAAGGAUUGAUCCACUAUCAUUUGGGAUUUCCCUGAAUUUGGCUGACAUUACUUUCACUGUGUAUUUUAUUGUAUAAACACAAAUAACACAUACUAAGUGUUUGCCAUUAACACAUAGUUUGGCAUUUGUUUUCAACCUAUAGUUAGUGUUGCUAUAUCAUUAAUUGGUGCAUUGAUUGGAUUGUGUGGGACUUUGAACUCUGUCCUACUGUAUGUACGGCUAACAGUGCUGAGACUGCUGAGUGAAUACUUCUUUUUUUACCAUUAGUCUGAAUGCUAAACAUUAGACUGGAAUCACUGGGAUCGGUCCAGGGUGAUUUGGUACUGUCUGGUGUUAACUGGGCUGGACUGGGAACUGGCCCCAGGAUGUAACGGUAUUACUAGUCAACAGACUGACUGAACACGGGCCACAGACACACAGAUAGACAGCACCACCAGGGGCAUCUAAUCAAACAACUCCUCCUUACCCUCACCCAGCUUGUGAUCAAUAAAAAGCCUAUAGCAAACCAGAUCAGACAGAUAGCAGCAGCGUCACACCCCCGGCAAGGCUAAGGGGAGACUACAGUGCAACCCCUCCCCACUCUCUCUUUCUCUAUCGUUCUCUCUCUAUGGUAAUCCCACUCUGUUUUUACUCUAAAAUUGCCUCAGGCAUAGAGUAAUUUGACAUAUUGAUCAAUAUGUCUCAAUGUCAACACACUCCUGCUGUCUCCAGGAUUUCCAAUUAGUCUCUUAUUGGAUUGGUUGUGAUCAACAUACUAAAUUCCAUUGUGUUAUUGUUCGACGAUGGAUAUAUUUGUAUGUUAUCAGUACCAGUGUACCUAAUUUAUUAACGUUAACUCUCUGCUCACGCCUCCUCCAAUAACAUCAGAUUAUUAAAUCGACUAAUAUACCAAUGUAAUAUAAUUUGAUUUUCUUCCUACUCGCUCUCUAUACUCUCUUCAACUGUUACUUCAAAAUAUUCCCUUCCCAUACUACUGCCUGUAUACAUCUUCCAUCUCUUUGUACACCUCAAUCCUCUUAUUUCCCCUCUGUGCCUCAACCCCAUUACCUCUUCCCCUUUCUCCAUCUCUCCCUAUACACAUUGCUCUCUGCACUUAAGCAGUGGUGUAAAAAUACUUGAAAGUACUACUUAUGUCGUUUUUUGUUGUUGUAUUGUCACGCCUGCUCCCAAUCCCCCUCUCUGGCGCUCAAGGGCGCCAGGCUGCCCUUCGUUACGCACACCUGUCACCAUCAUUACGCGCAGCUGUACAAUAUUGGACUCACUCUGUCUGCUCCUCACUCUGUUCCCUGUGUCAGCAUAUUGUCGUAAGGUUUCCCUUGUCCAGACGCUGUCCUUGUUUCGUUCAUGUCCAUUAUUCUUUAAAUGUUCACUUCCUGUACUUGCUUCUUGUCUCCCAGCGUCUGUCCUCACAGGUAUCUGUACUUUAUAUUUUUGAUAACUUUUACUUUUACUUCACUACAUUCCUAAAGAAAAUUAUGUACUUUUUACUCCAUACAUUUUCCGUGACACCCAAAAGUACUCGUUACAUUUUGAGUGCUUAGCAGGACAGGAAAAUGGUCUGAUUCACACAAUUAUCAUGAGAACAUCCCUGAUCAUCCCUACUGCCUCUGAUCUGGCAGACUCACUAAACACAUACUUCAUUAGUAAAUUAUGUCUGAGUGUUUGAGCGUGCCCCUGGCUAUCCGUAAUUUAAAAAAAAUAAAAAGCAAAUGGUGCCGUCUGGUUUACUUAAUAUAAGGAAUUUGAAAGGAUUUAUACUUUUACUUUUGAAUCUUAAGUAUAUUUUAGCAAUUACGCUUACUUUUGAUACUUAAAAUAUUUAAAACCAAAUACUUUUAGACUUUUACUCAAGUAAGAGUAGUCACUGGGUGACUUUCACUUUUACUUGAGUAAUUUUCUAUUAAGGUAUCUUUACUUUUACUCAAGUAUGACAAUUGGGUACUUUUUCCACCACUGCACGUAGGCACCUCGCGGGUCAAAUUGAGGGUCUCUGUGUUUGUAAAGGGUGCUAGUCCACAAAGUGGAUGACGGCAUAUAAAAGAGAUGACGUACUCUGGAUAAUUAUUUCAGGUACUACUUAAUUUAUUUUCUACUUUCUUUUGGAAAUGACACAAGUCACCUUCCUGGUUCCAGUCAGUCUGCCAGUCUGGGGGAGACAGACAGACGGACGGACGGACGGACAGACACCUGUAACCUGACUUUGUUUGACCUUGUUUACCCCAUCCUGGCAUCAUGUCAAACCAGGACCUUGUCAGUAACACUGGCACCCCUGAGUCCCCGCAGCUUAGCGUCUGUCUGUCCCAAGACCGUCUGCCGUAGUGAACCCAGACACCCUCUCCUCUAACCCAUCCCACCCUGCUCACCCUGUCCCUGUCUAGUGUCUGUCUACCCCAUCAACCAAAAGGUGGAACAGAUAGUCAUGCAUUCAUGUAAUGAAUUAUAGAAUAGAGCACACAUUGAGAGGCACAGAGUCAGCCACAGAGCAGCACAACUGAAUAUAGAGUUGGAGCUCUUUCACUCGGUUUAGGAAAAAAUUGUGUUGCAUUUGUCUAGAUAGUCAAAUGUGUCCAGAAUGUGUACAAAUAAAAAAUAAUCAAGACAGUCCAUAACGUUGUAGGAGUCUGACGCCAUUGUUUCAAGUUGUUAUUGUUGUUUUCUUAGUAAGGCUUUUGAGCGUUAGUGUUAUUACAGUUUGUAAAUAUAAAAUA